AUGUUUGCACUGACAGUAGGUGUUGUCAUUCUUGUCACUCUUGUGAUCUUGUACUACCUUCGCCCAUCGACAUAUCCGAAGAAGUUAAAUGGCCAAUGGGUAGGUGAAGCGAAGCCAGGAGAGACUCGGAUACUACGUGGGUAUACAGCGGAGAAAGAAUUAGUGACGGAGAACCUCUCGCACUUCCGGACGAUCAACGACGUAGUCAACGGGUUCACGCGGGAAGACAAAAAAGAGUUUGUUGGGUAUCGGAGAUGUGAAAGUACUGUUGCGUUCAAGACGAUGACAGUGAUGGUCAAUGGGAAGGAAGAGCAGAAGAAGUUGUAUAAGUACAAGAUGUCGCCAUACAUCUGGAUCUCCUCAGUGGAGUAUCAUCACAUGAUUAAUCGCCUUUCGACUGGUCUUUUAAGUAUUGGAUUGAUGAAAGGAGACAAACUUGGGAUCUUCUGUGAGACUCGGUAUGAGUGGAUGGCUUUGUUAUUAGCUGCUUGUAGACAAGGGAUUAUAGCGGUCACUGUUUAUGCCACUUUAUCGGAUGAUGCCGUUAAAAUUGCAUUAGAAGAGACGGACAUUAAAGGACUUGUAGUUUCUGAAGAUACCGCUAAAAGACUUCCGAAGAUUGGGAUCAAACAACACGUCAUUGUGAUCAACGUCGAUGAGAACAAAGAGAAUAAAACAUCGUUUGAAGCUCUCAAUUUGUCGGAAGAGAAGACGGAGUUUGCGGAAGUCCAUGAGAACGACUUGGCGAUGAUCAUGUACACGUCAGGGACAUCAAAUAGUCCGAAAGGAGUGACUGUGAACCAAAAUCAAAUUCUGAUGUUGUCGUACGCAUAUACACAUGUCUUGGAGUUCUCGCGAGAACGGUUCAUCGCUUACUUGCCGUUAGCCCACAUCUUUGAAAUUGGCAUUGAGUUUGCCUUGUUAAUGGAUUUUGCGACGAUUGGAUAUGCGGGGACACGUACGUUGACUGCUGGGGGGUGUCACGAGUGUAAUUCGGACUUAAUUGAGUUGAACCCGACUGCGAUGAUUGGUGUACCGACGGUCUUCAAUCGAGUCAAGAAGGGGAUUUUAGAGACGGUAGGCAAAUCCAAUUGGUUUAAGAGAUUCAUGUUCUCCACAGGGUUUUAUAUCAAGAAGGCCUUGUAUGUCGACUACAAUUUGUGUCCGCCGUAUUUGUUUACUCCACUAUUAAAAGUAGUUGAUGGCAUCAUUUUUAAGCCACUGAGCAAAUCUUUAUUGGGGAAGAACAUUAAGUCGGUGAUAGUCGGUGGCUCUGCGUUACAUCAAGAAUUGCAACACUUUUUAACAGUCAUCUUACCGAAUGUGGCUAUCAUGCAAGGAUUUGGAAUGACUGAAUUGUGCGGCGCAGCACUUGCUAUGCCACACAAUGACCCCGAGACAUCUACUAUAGGGGUCAUCUUCCCAACAUAUGAAGCUAAAUUAAGAGACGUCGCUGAAUUGGGCUAUUUGACAAGCGACAACCCACCAAGAGGAGAAUUAAUGUUUAAAGGCCUUCCUGUCACGAAAGGAUAUUUCAAGAGAGAUGAGGAGAAUAAGGAAAGCUUCACAGAAGAUGGAUGGUUUUGCACUGGAGACAUCGCAACUAUUAAAGAUGACUUGCACGUGUGUAUCAUCGAUAGAAAGAAGAACAUAGUGAAACAACCAUGUGGAGAAUAUAUUAGUCUGGAACCUAUCGAAUCAAAGUACUCCUCUUCAAAGGUCAUCGACAACAUUUGCGUCUUCGCAGACCCUUUCCAUGACUUCAUCGUCGCUUUAAUCUCUCCUUCACACAACGUCAUCAAAGAAAUUAAUCCAACUCUCGCAUUCAACGACGCUAUCAAAAACAAAGACGUCAUCGAAAGCGUCAAAAAGAUGUUGGCUGAAGUCGAAGUUGGCUUGUCCGCUAAACAGAAGAUUAAAUACUUCACUUUGGUCCCAGAAGAAUGGACACCAGAAAACGGACUUUUAACUGCUGCUCUCAAACUCAAACGUCCAGCUAUCAACUUGAAGUACCUCCCACAAAUUCAGCAAAUGUUCUCUUUGAAUUAA